CGGGUGGCACCCGGGCGCCGCCGCCGAGGCAGUUGUGUUUCGAACGCUGCCUCUGGCUCGCGGCCAGGCGCCUUGGCUCGGCGGUCCGCCUGGCCUCCCUCCUCCUCAUACUUUUCCUCCUGCGCAGCCCCCUCCCCUCUAUCCGCCCACGAUUAGAAGUGGGCACUCCCCCCUCCCGCACCCCGUCCGCCAGCGCACACACACUCAUCCCACUUGAAUCCCCGGCCAGCAGCUCAGAGACUCGGGCAGCGCGCUCUGGGUGCCGGACGCAGGAGCUCGCAGCCCGUCCCUCUCCGACUCUCUGGUGCCGCCGCUGCCGGCUCCCGCCACCCGAGGAGGCGCGGUGCCACCCACUGCUUCUGUCUCUGUCCCUCGCUGGCGCCCGCCGCUGGACGUCCGGUGUUGAUGGUGGCAGCGGCGGGAGCCUGACAAGCAGCAGCCCUCGCCGCACGCCAGCUCUCGCUCCCCUCGCCGGUUCCUGCAGCCCCUCACCCAGCCUCCCCAAAGGUGCUGGGCAGAUUCCGGGAGGCGGAGGCGAAGCGGCUGCAGCAGCGGUAGCGGCGGCGGCGGCGCGAGGCAGCAUGAGCGCACGCGGGGAAGGCGCCGGGCAGCCGUCCACUUCAGCCCAGGGACAACCUGCCGCCCCGGCGCCUCAGAAGCGAGGACGCGGCCGCCCCAGGAAACAGCAGCAAGAGCCAACCUGUGAGCCCUCUCCUAAGAGACCCAGGGGAAGACCCAAAGGCAGCAAAAACAAGAGUCCCUCUAAAGCAGCUCAAAAGAAAGCAGAAGCCACUGGAGAAAAACGGCCAAGAGGCAGACCUAGGAAAUGGCCACAGCAAGUUGUUCAGAAGAAGCCUGCUCAGGAGGAGACUGAAGAGACAUCCUCACAAGAGUCCGCCGAGGAGGAUUAGGGGGCGCCCGCGUUGGAUUUCUACCUCAGCAGCAGUUGAAUCUUUCGAAGGGAGAAGACACUGCAGUGACCACUUAACUUGCUCUUUUUGGCCAUGGUCUUUCCACUUUCCGCGGG